GCAGUCCGACCGGGUGGUCUGGGCCAGGUCCCAGGACGGGAGUCCGAGGCUGCCUCUGGCCGGCGGGCCACGGGGUCGCCCUCCGCCCGCUCUACACUCGCCUUCGCGCAGCCCCGGGCAGGACAGGCAGCGAUGGCGGCCCCGGCGCCCGCCGGGAGCAGCGGGAACCGGGGAGUCCCGGGAGCCGCUCGGCGGGGACGCCCCGGGGACCGGCGCCCUGCAGCCUGGCCGCCCGCCCCUCGCGCUGGCGACGCGCCUCCGGGGGUGCGGGCGGAGCGCCCGCCGGGGAGCCGCUGGCCGCGGACCUGGGGUGCCGUCCGGGGCAGCUGCAGGGCUCGGCCCGGCCCAGCGGUCCCCGCGACGCCGGCGGCCGCCCAGGGCGGCGUGGGCUCGGGGAGGGCCCUGCCUCCGCGCUCCGCCCCCGGCCGGCCGGGCAGAGUCGGCUCCGCGAGCCCGGGCGCGCGCCCUUUGCAUAGAGCCCUCCUCCCCGGUCAAGGAUUGGAGACUGUCGUCGUCGGAGAGGUUCAUGCGAACAUGACUCUGCGCUGUGGCAACAUCUCGGAAGCGAGGGGCCUCGUGACCUGGUACCGGAAUGACUCGGAGCCCGUCUUCCUCCUGUCCUCCAACUCCAGCCGCCCGCCGGCCAAGCCACGCUUCUCUCUGGUGAACGCCAGCUCCCUGCACAUCGAGGCACUGAGCCUGCAGGAUGAGGGCAACUACACCUGCUGGGAGGCCCUGAAUGAGACUCGGUGGUUCCAAGUGUGGCUGCAGGUGGCCAGCGGCCCCUACCAGGUCGAAGCCAACAUCUCCAGCACCGGCGUGCUCCCCAAUGGCACCCUCUACGCCACCAAGGGCUCCCGGGUGGACUUCAGCUGUGCCAGCAGCUCCCGGCCUCCGCCCAUGAUUGAGUGGUGGUUCCGGGCCCCGGAUUCCAAGACCGAGCCCUUUGGGAACAACCUGACGGUCAGCAGCUUCACGCUGCUACAGAUGUCGCAGCACCUCCAGGGGAACUACACCUGCCUGGCCAAGAACCUGCUCAGUGGGAGACAGCGCAGCGUGACCACCGAGCUCCUGGUCUACGCUCCUCCCCCUUUGUCAGACCUUGAGUGCUGGGCAGAGAUGUUGCCAAGAUUGUUCAUGCUGCAGCUCACCUGCCGCUGGGAUGGGGGAUACCCACACCCUAACCUCCUGUGGACAGAAGAGCCAGGAGGUGUGGUUGUGGGGACGUCGACGUUGGGAGUGGAGAUGCUGAACCGGUCCCAGCUGUCGGAUGGCAAGAAGUUCAAGUGCGUUGGGAGCCACAUAGCAGGGCCGGCGUCGGGAGCCAGCUGUGUGGUCCAGAUCCGGAGCCCCUCCCUUCUCUCGGAGCCCAUGAAGACGUGCUUCGUGGGGGGCAAUGUGACGUUCACCUGCCUGGUGUCCGGAGCCUACCCCUCUGCCAAGAUCCUGUGGCUGAGGAACCUCACCCAGCCCGAGGUGGCCAUCCAGCCCAGCAGCCACUAUCUCAUCACCCAGAAAGGCCAGAGCUCCACCCUGACCAUCCACAACUGCUCCCAGGACCUGGAUGAGGGCUACUACGUCUGCCGGGCUGAGAACCCUGUGGGGGUGAGGGAAGUAGCAAUCUGGCUGAGCGUGAAAGAACCUUUAAACAUCGUGGGAAUUGUGGGAACCAUCGUGAGCCUCCUCCUGCUGGGACUGGCCAUUAUCUCGGGGCUCAUGCUGUAUUACAGCCCUGUGUUCUGCUGGAAAUUAGGAAACACUAUCAGGGGACAAGACAUGGGUGACAUCAUGGUUCUGGUGGAUGAGGAAGAAGAGGUGGAGGAGGAAGACAAUGCUGCAGAAGAAGAGGAGGAGGAGGAGGAGGAGGAAGACGAGGAAGCCAAUGAGAGGGAGGAGUUCCCAAUAGAAAUACACAAGCACAGCCACAUCCACAGGGUGACGGCCCUGGUGAACGGCAACAUAGACUGGAUGGCCAAUGGGCUCCCAUCUCUGCAAGACGACAGCAGUGAGCAGCAGAGUGAGCUGGUCCCCGAGGAAGACAGGCCAGUGUGAAGAAGAGAGCUGUCCUGCGUGAUCUGCCUGAAGCGCGGGGGAGCCUCAUGGAAGAUGAGCUUUUCCUUUUGCUUUGACUUGACUUGCACCCCUGCCCAAGGGCUUAAAGGGGGCGCGCGCGCACACACACACACACACACACACACACACACACACACACACACAUCUUUCCGUCCAUUUUUUUAAAAAGCUGGUUUGAUUUGCUGUAACUUUUCCUAAUGAUGCUAAAAAGCGUUGGGAACAGGCAGUGUGUUGGGGGGAAGCUGCCUUUGGCAUCUGAGGUGCCCUUUCCGCUGUGACUUCUGGCUUUAUCCAGGUCGGCUGAUUUGGGGGGAGCAGGAGUGGGAGGAGGCCCUUGGCCGCAGUGCCCUUUGCCACCCGUGAAGUCUGUAACCAGCUUCCCUCAGCACACAAGGGCAUGGCGAGGGGGGACAGGGACACUUCCUUGAUGACUGCCCAGUUGAGCCAAGGAACCAGGUCAAGGUCAGCUCACUGGAAAAGGUGAGGAGGUGUCGGCGACUGAUGCUGGUCAGAGGGAGGCAGUGUGGGCCAGGCUUUUGGAGUUGGAAACACCCAGGAUUGAGUCUGGGCACUUGUUUCAUGGGCUUGGGCAGGUUGCUUUCCCUCUCCCCUGGGCCUCAAUGUCCUCAUCUAUAAAACGGGUGUAAUCACACCUAUCUGACAGGGGUAUGUGAGGACUCGGGGAUGUGAACGUGCCUAAGAGGUGCUCAAGAGAUGUUUGUUCUCUUCUCCCUUGCCUUCCCUGGUGGAAGGAAAACAUGACUGUAAGUUGCGAGCUCCUGCCUGGACCCGCCAUGCUUCUUUGUGGAGGGGUUCCAGGCGAGGGCUUUCUCAGAGCUCUCCUGACGAUGUUUGCUUCCCCGGAAAUAGAAUUAUUUUCAAAAGAGUUAGGGCCCCUAAGAGAAAGUGCCUUUCAUUAGAACCUCACAUUUUGCAAAGCUUCGUGUUUAUACAAGAGCCUCUGACAUGACGCUGUUAGCUUUCGGCCUUUCCCCUGGGACGUGUGAGAAGGCAGGAGAAGUGCUUUGUGAGGGAGUACCUGGUGGGAGGUACUCCUUGGGCAGACCAGCCCAUCCGGCCGGGGAUGGAGAGCUUGUUUCCGUCUUCUCUUUAACGAUGUUAUGAAGAUACACUGACCAACGAUGCUAAGUUUCUAAUGAAACUAUCGUAUGAUGGGUUUGAGCUGUUGAUGCCUUCAGUAGAACCUGUAUAGUUUAGAGAUAUCCCCCGCCUCCCCCCGUCCCCUGAUUUCACUCAAAUCUCUUUUCAAUGUCAGGGGCCUUAUAAAGGUGCAAAGGGUGUGUGCUAAGUGUGAAAAUCUGACUUGAAUUUGCAUUCUUUAAUGUUGCACAUUCUGCUCUGAUGGGCAAGACCUAGAGCUGAAAGGAGAACUUCCCUUCUGCAGUAACGGACUGGGACUGGUAAAAUGACAUACCGGUUAGCUGCAGGUGUGCUGGGGGUUGGUCUAUUUUCCUGAAGGGACUAAACUAAGCAAGUCCCUAGAAGGGAGCCCCGUCCCGAGCUCAGAACACGGGAGCCCAGGAGCUGGCUGCACAUGUGCCCCCCUCAGGAAGAGCCGUGACCUCUGCAGUCGCGUUGGGCUGGGUCCUUUGCUGGUGGCACCUCGUGUAUGUCACCACCCUACCCAGUCCAAGUCGGUGUCAUUUACAGAGCAGGAUACCAGACAGGUUGCUUCUGCAGUUACUGAACACGGAGCUAGACUCUUCAGAAUCUUCGAUGAAUCCCAUUUCUGACUCUAAGUGUCUACUAUGCAGAGGCAACAAUACUUUUUAAAAAGAAAAGCAACUGCAGGAAAAAUUCCCUAGCUGGGAACACGGGGUGAUUUUCAAGAUCACUGAGGUGUUUCUGCAAGUUCCUCUUCUCUUGCACACGUACCUGGUAGGUAGCAAAUCUUCGAGGCAGAGUUUUUCCACUAGCAAAUGGGAGCUUCAAGAUCUUGGUGCCAAACACUAGAAACCCUUGACUAACUGAGCUGUGACUGCUCACUUCUAGCUGAGCCCUGUGUGCACAUUAAUAUGGCUGGGUCAGUUAAGAACCCAGGUCCUGGGGGAUUGUCAAGUUUUAAGUAUUUUUAAAGAAUUGGGGCUUUUUUUUUUUCUUUUAA